AUGAAUGAAAUAGUAGUUACAAAUAGGAUUGAUGAGAUUGAUUCGAAUUCAAAGAUCGUUGAUGAGAAUAGUUCAGUAAUUACAGGUAAAGAUGAUAUUCCGGUCGCCGGUGAAUGUAUUUCGCCGAUUGCAUCUGAUGUUCCGUAUACAAAUUCUGUUGACGAUAAUGAGUAUAUUCUAGAUAAUGAAGAAUUGUUGGGACUUUCUGUUGGAUCAAUAGAAGAUGCAUUUGGUAUAUACAAUGAUUAUGCGUUUCAUAUGGGAUUUAGUGCUAGAAAGGGCAAACAAUAUUAUGUUACUGGUACUCGGAUUUUAAAGACGAAAAUGUUUUGUUGUUCUAAGUCUGGUUUUAGAAUAAUGCAUGAUAUUCCUAAUAGGUGUUACUCAAAGAUAGUUACUAGAUUUGGAUGUAAUGCAAUGUGUCAGUUUGAUAUAGAUUCAAAUGGGAAUUGGGUUGUUACUAAACAUGUGAAGGAGCAUAACCAUGACCUGUGUCGGGCUUCAUCAAGUUAUAUGCUUAGGUUGCAUAGGAAAGUGUCUAAGAAUCAGCUGACAUGUUUAAAAAACAUGAAGAGGAGUGGGGUCCCCUUAUCGGAUGGUAUUCGCUUUUUAAAACGUCAGUCAGGAGGGUCACCGUUUGUUGGAUUUACUCCUAGGGAUGCAUAUAACAUGAUAUCUUCAGAUUCGGCAAAGCAUUUAGAUGGUACUGAUUCUAAUAGUUUGAUUGAGAUAUUUAGAAGGAGACAAAUGGAUGAAUCUGAUUUCUAUUUUGAAUUUGAACUUGAUGAGGAUGCAAGGCUCUGUAACUUUUUCUGGAGGGAUGGUCAAAUGAAGGCUGAUUAUGAUUUGUUUGGUGAUUUAGUUGUACAUGAUACAACAUACCGUACAAAUAGGUAUGAUAUGAUAUGUGCCCCUUUUGUAGGCAUGAAUCAUCAUUGCAUGAAUGUGAUGUUUGGUUGUGGGUUUUUACUCAAUGAGAGGAUAGAGUCGUUUGUCUGGUUGUUCAAAGUAUUUGUACGAUCAAUGGGUGGUAAGCAUCUUCAAACAAUAAUGACUGAUCAGUGUGCUGCCAUGGCUGCUGCAAUCGCACAAGUAUUUUCGAAUUCAAAUCAUAGGCUUUGUAUAUGGCACAUCGGGGAUAAUUCGAAGACGCACAUAAAAAGUCUGAGAAAUAAAAAGGGUUUCUUAGAGCUUUUCAAUUUUCUGUUGAAGUACACUGACACCGAAGCUGAAUUUGAAUUUUAUUGGACCAGUGUAGUUUCUGAGUGGAGAAGUAGGGAAAACGGUGAAAACGUGCGUUGUUCACAAGGGUUGGCACCUAUGGUGAUGAAUCAUGUGAAGCUCCUUUCACAUGCUAGAGACAUAUACACUAUUGAGAUAUAUUAUCGUUUUGACGAACAGUUUGUGAAAGGGACUUCAUGCCAUCAAGAAUCUGUUGGGGGAAGUGGUAACGAGAUAAAGUAUCAUGUGUGGCGUCCUGACGUUGAUCUCAUUCGUCAUGAAGUGUGUUUCAAAGUGAAUGAUUUGGAUAUAUCUUGUAGUUGUAUGUUGUUUUCAGAGAUGGGUAUUUUAUGCUCCCAUUCUUUACGCAUUUUUAAUGUCCAUUGUGUUGCAGCAAUACCGGAUAAGUACAUUAUCAAAAGAUGGACCAAAAAGGUUAUUGAAGAUAGAAUAAUAAGCCGUGAUUGUUCCUCGAAUAUUUUUAGCAUUGCGUUAUCUGUUUGGGUUAUUCAAAUGGGUAGGAAGUUUCACCAGUUAGUUUUAUCCAGCCAAGCAAAUUGCAAGGCUCGGGAAGUGUGUGAAAAUGCUUUUGAGGAUGCUAGAAGGAAGGUUGAAUGUGAUAUUGGUCCUAUUAUCAUUGAAGAUGGUGAACAACGGACAGCUGGUGUAAUUCAAAAUCCAGCACGUAAUAGGGCGAAAGUUGAACGCAAUAGGAGGCAUAUUAGCACAAUCGAAAAAAAGUAUAACCAAGUGAGAGGGAGGAAGUUGGGUGUCAAGGUUGCUGAAAUGUGUACAAAGGCUGCAGUGCAGGCAUCUGUUGAAGGAGUUGUUGCUAAUAUUGUUGGCAGUGGUUAUUUUGUUCAUCCGUCUAGCGGCAGUCAUGAGUUAGGUUUGGUUAAACCUAGUUGA